AUGUAUAAUCAAUAUGAAGAUAAUGAAUAUAAUGAAAUCAAUGAAAACAACGUAUGUUGUUAUGAACUUAAUAAUGAAUCUGUUCAAGUACAGGGAAGGUUCCAAAGACAAUCCAUUGAGCGACAAUCCAAAAUAGCUAAAGAAGUUGAAACAAAAAAACUUAAGGAAGCCGAAUUAAGAAAAAAUAUUGCUGUUGAAGAAACAGAAAUAAAAUCAUUAGAUAAGAGAUCUACUUUGAAGAAAGUGAAAGAACCAGGAAAUAAUCGAUCAUUUGAGCAACCCGAUUUGGUAAAGAAUUAUGUAGUUGUUCGUCCUGUACAUUUUAAGAGAAUCAAUGAGCAUGUAGAAAAUGAUACAAAUAUAGAACGAGAAUUGAUUGAAAGUAGAAAAGCGCCUACAAAUGAUGAUUUUGAAACAUUUAAUCUAAGAGAACGCGGAAAUAAGGAAUUGUAUGGGAUCUGA